CAUCCCGCACCAUUGCCACUAAGCCGAGGGAGGCAAAGCAAGGAAGGGGAGCUGCAAGCGAGGAGGAGAAACUUCGCUCCCUCAGUCAGUCACCUUGCUGCGCUGCUGCCGUGCUGGUGCGCCUCCCGCCACCUCUCUGCUCUACUUGUAUCGAUUGCUUUGCAUCCCGUUUGGGCGCGCGGUCCUCCUCUCCCCAUUCUUGCCUUAACCGAGAAACUUUCCCCAGGAAGGCAGGAAAAGACCGGGUUUCCGUGUGAGGAGAGGAGCCAUGCCCUUGCCUUGCUCCUCUUCCCCGCCGCCUUGAGAGCCCUUCCGCCUCGCUUGCCUACUAUGCCUCGCUCCUUCUUCCCACAGCCGGCGGCCACGGCGGCGAGGAGGAGGGCACUGGUGGCAGCCUCUCUAUGGCGAGCGCGCGUCCCUUUCCUUUGAGGCCAGCCGGGCGGGGAUUGCGCGGAGGCAGCCCGCAUCUUCGGAACAAUUUGCUGAUGUGCAGCCCGACCUGGCCGCCCAGUAGCCCACCCGUGAACACGCCUCCGUUUGGCCGCCCAUCCAUCCCCGCACACCUCCCUCUUCUUCCUCCUCCUUCGCGGCGACAAUGUUCUCCUGGAGGAUGGCGCUCUGCCUGGCUGGGUUGACCCUCUGCGCCAGGUUGGCCCGCGCCGCCGGCUUCGACUACGACUACGCCUUCGACUUCCACGAGGAGGAGGAUCAGGCCGAAUCCAUCGAUUACAAGGAUCCCUGUAAAGCCGCUGUCUUUUGGGGAGAUAUUGCCUUAGAUGACGAAGACUUAAAAAUCUUUCAGAUUGACCGGACUAUUGAUCUCACACAGCAUUCAAAUGAGAGAGACAGACACAAUACAGGUGGCUUUGGAGAACGUGGAGUAUCAAAAAAAAGUGAUGCCCUCCAUCAGCUUAUAGACAGGAUAAGAAAAAUUGGUUCAGGUUUUGAACAAAGCAAUAUAACUAAGGGAAGAGCAGGUCAAGCAUUCUCAGAGAGCUUUGAGAGGAAAAGGAUUCCCAGAGCAGCUACAUCGCGCACAGAAAGAAUAUGGCCAGGGGGUGUCAUCCCAUAUGUCAUAGGAGGAAAUUUCACAGGUAGCCAGCGAGCAAUGUUCAAGCAAGCAAUGCGGCACUGGGAAAAAUAUACCUGUGUUACAUUCAUUGAGCGAAGUGAUGAGGAAAGUUACAUUGUGUUUACAUACCGGCCUUGUGGAUGCUGCUCUUACGUAGGUCGAAGGGGAAAUGGUCCUCAGGCAAUCUCUAUUGGGAAGAACUGUGAUAAAUUUGGGAUUGUUGUCCAUGAGCUGGGACAUGUCAUAGGUUUUUGGCAUGAACACACAAGACCAGAUCGAGAUGAUCAUGUAACUAUCAUUAGAGAAAACAUCCAGCCAGGUCAGGAAUACAAUUUUUUGAAGAUGGAACCUGGAGAAGUGAAUUCUCUGGGGGAAUCAUAUGAUUUUGAUAGCAUUAUGCACUAUGCCAGGAACACCUUCUCAAGGGGAAUGUUUUUGGAUACAAUACUUCCUUCCCGGGAUGACAAUGGGAUCCGUCCAGCCAUUGGUCAGCGCACACGAUUAAGUAAAGGAGAUAUUGCACAAGCAAGAAAGCUUUACAGAUGUACAGCAUGUGGUGAAACACUGCAAGAGUCUACAGGCAACUUUUCCUCUCCAGGAUUUCCAAAUGGCUAUCCUUCUUACACACAUUGCAUAUGGAGAAUUUCAGUGACUCCUGGAGAGAAGAUUGUUUUAAACUUCACUACGAUGGACCUCUAUAAGAGUAGUCUCUGUUGGUAUGAUUACAUUGAAGUAAGAGAUGGCUACUGGAAGAAAUCACCUCUACUUGGCAGGUUUUGUGGAGAUAAGGUCCCAGAUGUCCUCACAUCUAGUGAUAGUAGAAUGUGGAUUGAAUUCCGUGGCAGCAGUAACUGGGUAGGGAAAGGUUUUGCAGCUGUUUAUGAAGCAAUUUGUGGAGGCGAAAUACACAAAAAUGAAGGACAGAUUCAAUCUCCUAAUUAUCCUGAUGACUACAGACCAAUGAAGGAAUGUGUGUGGAAAAUAACAGUGUCAGAGAACUACAAUGUCGGAUUAACCUUUCAGGCAUUUGAGAUUGAGAGACAUGACAACUGUGCCUAUGAUUAUUUAGAGGUUCGAGAUGGAACCAGUGAAAGCAGUCCUUUGAUUGGCCAUUUCUGUGGCUAUGAUAAACCUGAAGACAUAAGAUCUACCUCUAACACCCUGUGGAUGAAAUUUGUUUCUGAUGGAACAGUCAACAAAGCAGGGUUUGCUGCUAACUUUUUUAAAGAGGAAGAUGAAUGUGCCAAACCUGACAACGGCGGAUGCGAGCAACGGUGUGUUAAUACAUUGGGUAGUUAUCAAUGUGCAUGUGAUCCAGGAUAUGAACUUGGGCCUGAUAAGAAAAGUUGUGAAGCUGCUUGUGGAGGACUUUUGACAAAGUUGAAUGGGACUAUAACAACACCAGGGUGGCCCAAAGAAUAUCCUCCUAAUAAAAACUGUGUAUGGCAAGUGGUUGCUCCUACCCAAUAUAGAAUAUCAGUGAAGUUUGAAUUUUUUGAAUUGGAAGGAAAUGAAGUGUGCAAAUAUGAUUAUGUUGAAAUCCGAAGUGGCCUUUCUUCUGAUUCUAAACUGCAUGGCAAGUUUUGUGGUACAGAAGUGCCUGAAGUUAUUACAUCACAAUUGAACAACAUGAGAAUCGAAUUUAGAUCGGAUAACACAGUUUCAAAAAAAGGUUUCAAGGCUCACUUUUUCUCAGAUAAGGACGAAUGUUCAAAGGACAACGGUGGCUGCCAGCAUGAAUGCAUCAACACAGUAGGGAGCUAUGUAUGUCAGUGUCGAAAUGGAUUUGUGCUACAUGAAAACAAACAUGACUGCAAGGAAGCUGAGUGUGAACAGAAGAUCCACAGCCCAAAUGGAAUUAUCACAAGUCCUAAUUGGCCCGACAAGUACCCAAGUAGGAAGGAAUGCACAUGGGAAAUAAGUGCCACUCCAGGUCACAGAAUCAAAAUAAUUUUUAAUGAAUUUGAAAUUGAACAACAUCAGGAAUGUGCGUAUGACCAUUUGGAGGUUUUUGAUGGUGAAACAGAAAAGUCUCCAAUUCUUGGCCGUUUAUGUGGAAAUAAGAUCCCAGAUCCCCUUGUUGCCACUGGGAAUAAAAUGUUCCUCCGCUUUGUGUCUGAUGCCUCAGUGCAAAGGAAAGGCUUCCAAGCUACACAUUCUACAGAAUGUGGCGGUCGCCUGAAAGCUGAAAUCAAGACAAGAGAUCUCUAUUCUCAUGCUCAGUUUGGUGAUAACAACUACCCUGUUCAAGCAGAUUGUGAAUGGCUAAUAGUGUCAGACCGUGGCUAUCGGAUAGAAUUAACUUUUCAGACUUUUGAGGUGGAAGAAGAGGCAGACUGCGGUUAUGAUUACCUAGAACUCUUUGAUGGUCAUGACAAAGCUGCCCUGAGACUUGGUCGGUUUUGUGGAUCAGGGCCACCUGAAGAGAUGUAUUCAGCAGGUGAUUCCAUUUUACUCCAUUUUCACACAGAUGAUACAAUCAACAAGAAAGGAUUUCACAUACGAUACAAAAGUAUAAAAUAUCAAGAUAAUGGUCAUACCAAAAAAUAACGAAUGGUCCCUUUGACCACAAAACGAUGCAGAGAGAGCAGCUUAAGGAAAGAAAGAGAGCACACAAAAGAAAAAGGGAUGGGACUGGGGUUUAAAACUGGCAUUACUAUACAUUUUUACACCAUGAGCUCAAGUGAAGAAGGCUGAAACAUCUCACUUUUAAAUAUAUUCCUAUUCAAGAACAUGAGACAUUAUGGUGGUGAUGUGUGGUCUCCAUGCACAGCUGUCUCUGUGAAGCUGGCAAAACAGUAUUCCAUACUUCCAGGGAGAAUAUAAGAGUUUUGUUCUCAGCUUGACAAGUGUCAUAGUUGUGUGAAUACCCAAGCAGUUAGAUUCAGGAAACUGACCCUGCAGACAUGGCUUCAUUGUGAGAAGUAACUGAUGUCCAGGAGAAGAAAAAUGCCCACUUUCUGCAAGUUGUGCACGCAAAAUGCUGUAUUUAUAUUUUACUCUAAUUGCUUUGGUGGUAAAUCCAGGAUAUGAUGCAUACCAACAGAAGUCAGGAAAAUAGGGAGGGCAAGAAUCUGAGAUUAUUCCAUACUCGUAAAUCAUCUAUCCCAUCCAAUGUACUAAUGUCAUUUUUAAAAACCUGGAAAUUAGUGUCUGCAAAAUCAUUAAUUCUUUAAAGGGUUUUGACUCCAGCAACACUUUGGAAUUAUUGAAGCUUUUAAACUUCAUAAUCAUUACGAGGACCUCCAGAAUUUGGAGACCGCCUGUGACUGAGAAUUUUAUUAUUGCUGAAGGACUUGAUAUCUCCUAGCCGCCUAUAUCUUAGACUGAGGACCAUAUGGAAAAGGUUCUUUUACAAGACUUCUCCAAAACUCUGUGUGAAGAGAACUGAAAUCACCAGGACCAGAAUAAUCCCAAAUGCCAUUUAUGGAUUUAGUUUCAACAGUAAUGAACUCCUAAUGUACAUUUCCUUGGAAAUGCUUGUGAAUGAGCUUAUAACUAUUUUUAAACUAUUCAGAGAUGUAAAAAAAGUGUGUGUCCCCCCAAAAAAGGGGUAGGUUGUUUUCUGGAAACAAGACUUUUAUGAUGGCAAAGCUCAUUUCUAUGGUGCUAUUCUAUGGACUUUAAAAAAAAAAUAACCCUAGACCUUUGAGCCAACAGCCUGCAGAUCAUGAAUGUCUCACUAUGCCUGGCUGCGUUUAAAGAAAACAGACUUUAUAAUCACGUGAAAAGGAGAAUUGGAACAGCAGCACAAACCCUGUGGAACAACUACUACUAUUGCCUUAGAAUACUUGCACACGAUCAUACAGAUCUUCCUGUAGAUAUAUAGCUGAUUUGAUACAGAACUUGACAACUUGAACAGAAGCAAUCCUCAAGCAAAUUCUCAUCUGCAGAAAAAAAGAUCAUCAGUUGUAAAUACAGUGGACUUGUCAUUGAUGUAGAAAUAUGUUACUUCUAGAAUCGACUCUUGUAUGCGCUUUAGGCCAUACAUGACUUUAGUCACAAUGCAUAUGCAUCAUGUAAGUAUGUAUGGAUGGGUGCAUUAAGAGAGUGAGAAAUGUUGUGUAUGGAUGGACAGGUAAUUUGUACUUCAUGUGCCAAGUUUUACCAGAAUCCAGAUUGACUGUAGCGACUUUCUUUCAAGCUUUCAGAAGAGGACUUCAAUAAAGAACCAAGAGCUAAUGACAUUUGAUGUUCCAUUUCAAAUAAAUAUUUUGAUAUUUUGAAGUUGGUUGCUACUCAGCUUAGUUUUUGUUUCCUUACCAUGAUCAUACACUGGCAUUAAUAAAUGUUUUUUAUUAAAAAAUAAAAUAAAACAAUGCA